AUGGAAACAAUUGGAAAUAAGAGUUUCAUUGAUAAAGGUCCUGAAGCGGACAGCUCCGGAGACAGCGUUCGCGCGGUGCUCACGGGCUGCACCCUGCUCAUCUUAAUUGUUUCAACAUUGCUGGGGAACACGCUCGUGUGUGUCGCAGUCAUCAAAUUCCGACACUUGCGAUCCAAAGUCACCAACUUCUUCGUCAUAUCCCUCGCAGUGUCCGACCUCUUUGUCGCUGUCCUGGUGAUGCCGUGGAAAGCCAUGUCUGAGGUGGCGGGCUGCUGGCUAUUCGGCGACUUUUGCGAAACUUGGAUCGCCUUCGACAUCAUGUGUUCUACGGCUUCUAUUCUCAACCUCUGUAUAAUAAGCUUGGACAGGUACUGGGCUAUCUCAAGUCCUUUUCGGUAUGAACGUAAAAUGACACAGCGCGUUGCUUUCAUAAUGAUCAGUGUGGCGUGGACUUUAUCUAUACUCAUUUCCUUCAUACCGGUGCAGCUGAGCUGGCACAAAGUCGAAGACGAGUACGCAGUCGAGAUCAAUGAGUGCAAUGCCACUUUGAACAGAACCUACGCAAUAGCUUCAUCGUUGAUAAGCUUUUACAUCCCCGUUGUGAUCAUGGUUGGUACAUAUACCCGAAUUUUUCGAAUUGCGCAAACGCAAAUCAGGAGGAUAUCGUCGUUGGAGAGAGCUGUUGAGCACGCCCAAAAUCACCCUCAAGUCCCCGACUGCGCGAACGAAAACUCCCUCAAAACGACUUUUAAGAAGGAGACCAAGGUUUUAAAAACCCUCUCGAUAAUCAUGGGCGUAUUUGUCUUUUGCUGGUUGCCUUUCUUCGUCCUCAAUUGCAUAGUUCCUUUUUGUGACAUAAGUGACCAGUCGGAAUCGCCGUGCGUAAGUGACACCACUUUCAACAUUUUCGUCUGGUUCGGAUGGGCUAAUUCCUCCUUGAAUCCCGUCAUAUACGCCUUCAAUGCAGAUUUCAGACGGGCCUUUUCUACUAUACUUGGGUGCAACAGGUUUUGCCCCACCUCAGCAGUCGAGGCUGUGAAUUUUAGUAACGAGUUGGUGUCCUAUCACCAUGACACCACUCUCCAGAAAGACGCACCGGUAGUAUCCAACGCUCAACGUCUAGCCAUGGUCCCAAUCCUCGGAGAGGAUCAACCUUUUGACAAAGUCUCUGUUCUGUCUAAUAAUUCAUGUAACACCAGAAAUCUUUUGCUGCCGGCAAUUAUGCAAAUUGAGUGUGAGGCUGAAAUAUCUUUGGAUAUGAUGCCUUUCAAUUCGACUGGACAAAACGAAUGUUAUGUUAUGCCUGGACAAGUGGAAGACUAG